GAAUAAUAGGUGAAACUGUUUUGUGAUAAUAUACUCGAUCGUCUCGAUCAAAAAUUUAGGAUACUACUCUAUUGAUAAAUAAUAUUGGAUCAUUCGUGUCAACUUGUCGAGUUCUCCAUUUCUCCACUUCGUCGUUCCGCGACCCUCGACUUUUUACCUCCUCACCACAUCAUGUACGACCCGCCGCCGGAACCUCCGUCCGAGUCGGACUGCUGCGGAACCGGAUGCGCGGAUUGCGUGUUCGACGUGUACGACCGAGAGUGCGCGCGGUGGCGACGUCGGCGCCAGACAGGCGAGGGUGACCGGCUGCGGCGGGACCUGCUGUCGGCGACCACGCACAAGCCGUACCGGAUCGUGUCCGCGCGGCCGCUCGGCGACGACGUACACGCGUACACUUUUGCGGCCACCCCGAAGUCCGUCGGCCGGCUGCCGGUCGCGUACACUCAGCACGUGCACAUUCGGCUGGCGGACGGCCUGAGCAGACCGUACACGCCGGUGGCCCUGGGCGACGACGAUUGUUCGUUCGACGUCCUGCUCAAGGCCUACCCCGGCGGAAGAUUCACCGGCCGCCUGUUGGAAAUGGCCGUGGGCGACGUCGUGGCGGUGCGCGGGCCUUCGGGCGGCGUGCGGCACGAAGGGUACGAUUCGAUAGUCAUGUUCGGCGGCGGUACCGGCGUGGCCGCCUUCGUGGGUCUGAUCGGAUCGUUGUUGGACGACGACAAGUGCGAGACGCUGCUCAAACUCCAUUACUCGUGCAAAACCCUCGACGGGGUGCUGAUGCGCAAGGAGUUGGCUGGGUACGCAGCUUAUUGGAAUUGCGCAGUGCAUCUGUACUUGACGAGGGAACGCGAUUGGUCACAACGUUCGAAAUCGUUUUGGUACAAUGAAAAUAUCACAGAAGGAAGAAUUUCUCUAGAUGGCAUGGCUGAAAUAAUCGAUAAACAAAAAGACUUGAGAACGUUAUGGCUGAUUUGUGGAAACGAUGAAUUCAAUCAAUAUUUUUUCAACGCUAUACAAAAUUACAAUAUUAAACGAGAUCAUAUUAAAUUAUUAGAUAAUAAUAUAAAAGAUUUAAAAGUAUCUUGACAUUACCCAUAUAGGCUAGGUAUCCUACAAUAAUUUCUCAUAAAAUUACAAAUUGUUAAAAUGUAAUGCUAGGUAUUUAAAAAAAUUUAAAUCUUCAUUUGAAUAUAAACAAUUUACAAUUUAAUGAUACUUUUUACUACCAGUGAUGAAAGCAUUUCUUUUUUUGGAACUGGUUCAAUCGACUGUUUACAGAGUAUGCUUGUGAAAAUUCAAUAUUUUUUGACUUAUUCUAUCAAUGAAAAAAAGUUUCCUUUAUUAUGCAAUAGUCAAGCUGUAAUUACUUGAAUGUUGAAAGCUAACAAAAAAAAAAAUUUCUAACUAUAAUAAUGUUUACAAAAUUUAAUUUUUAAAAAAUAGAACAUACCUAUUUUAAAUAUUUGGUUUAAGAAAAAAGUUAAUUAUAAAUGUAAUAACAAAAUGAUAGGAACAUUGAAAAUACGAUAGAUAUAAGUGGUGGCAGAAUACUUAUUUGGUGGGCAUCAACUAAACCAGUACCAACAAUUACUGUGAACGUAGACAUUUAAGUUGUGCUAAUUUGCUAAUAUUAAUAAUUUUAUUAAUAAUCAUUCAGUAGGGUAAAGUUGAAUUAAAUCACAGAUAGGAAAUAUAGAUUAGCAAAAGUAAAUGAUAUAAUAUAUAUACUGAUCUCUACAAGUUUUCAUAUUGUGUAAAAGAAUUGUUACUGUAGCUUACAGUAUGGAAUGCAUGUAUAAGAUUCCAAAAAUAUUCAUAACAAGGUUUAAUCGUUAAUUUAAAUUUAACACUGUUUUACUGAACAUUUCUUUGAAAUAAAUUUUAAAAUAAAAACUUUAUA